UCUUGACUUCUCAGCUCUCACCUGGCUUCUGGGCAUUCCUCGGCGCGAAACCCCAGCUUUAGGUGGCACAGCUCAUUUGUAGCCUCCCGCUCAACUUGCCGAGUAGAUCACCUAGCGCAAUGGCGAGCCCUCCCAUUGAGAACGAUGCGGCGUGGCAGGAUACGGACAGGGCUAUUGGGCAGUUACUGCUGAUGGGAUGGGACGGCACAGAGGUCACACCUCAGAUUCGAAACUUGAUCGAGAAUCACCACCUUGGAUCUAUAAUAUUGACAGCCAAGAACCUCAAGUCCGCCCAACAGACCGCGAGCCUAGUUCAGGAGCUGCAGACGAUAGCGCACCAAGCCGGCCACCCAGUACCUCUUCUCAUCGCUCUUGACCAAGAGAACGGUGGUGUCAACAGUCUCUUCGACGAGGACUACAUCUGCCAAUUUCCAAGCGCCAUGGGAAUUGCGGCGUGCGGCAGCCCCGAACUCGCGUACAAUAUAGCCAAAGCAACGGCAACAGAGAUCGGUGCUGUCGGUGUCAACCUGAUUCUUGGGCCUGUUCUUGACGUCUUGACAAAUGCUCGACAUCAGCCUCUGGGCGUUCGCGCUGUUGGUGACGAUCCACAGGAGGCAUCACUAUACGGCAUCGCGACGCUCAACGGCUACAAGGACGCUGGUUUGGCAACCUGCGGCAAGCACUUCCCCUCGUACGGCAAUCUGGACUUUCUGGGUUCCAGCCUGGAUAUGCCGAUCAUCACGCAGACCUUGGAGGAGCUCAGCCUCAGCGCUCUUGUCCCUUUCCGCAACGCCAUCUCCACCGGACGACUAGAUGCCAUGUUCGUGGGUGGCUGCGGAAUUCAGAAUGCUGGGAUGAAUGUCAUGCAUGCAUGUCUCUCAGACCAGGUAGUUGAUGAUUUGCUUCGUGCCGAGCUAGGCUUCAACGGUGUCUCAAUCUCUGAAUGUCUAGAGAUGGAGUCGUUGAUACAGGAAUAUGGUGUCAAAGGUGGUACAGUCAUGGCUGUGGAGGCCGGGAAUGAUCUCGUCCUCCUGUGCCGAGCUCACGACGUACAACUCGAAGCAAUCUCGGGUCUGAAGCUUGGUAUCGAGAAUGGCAUCAUAUCGAAAGAGCGCCUGCAGACGUCGCUCCGCCGCGUGCUGCGCAUGAAGAGCAUGUGCACGUCUUGGCAGCAGGCUCUCAAUCCUCCCGGGCUUUCGCUCCUAUCCAAAAUCCACCCAUCGCACCUUGCGUUGUCUCGACAAGCUUACGAAAAGUCCAUCACAGUUGUCAGGGACAAAGACCACCUCCUACCUUUGGGCAAGAGUCUACUUCAAGAAGAAGAGUUACUACUGUUGACGCCCUUGGUCAAGCCACUGCCAGCCUCAGCGGCUACAAAGAGGAUGCAGGAGCAAGCGGCGUCAAAACCCAUGUCAGCCCACGACAAAUGGGUUCAUGGAGAUAGAGGCGCAGUGAUGAGUGGAGAGGGUGUGUUUCGAGAACUCGGGAAAUCGCUUGCCCGUGCGCGCAACGGGAAGCUUCUUCACACGUCAUACACAGCCAAUGGGCUUCGCCCUGUGCACGAGAACCUCAUCAAUCGUGCUUCCGCUAUAGUCAUUGUCACGGCAGAUGCCAAUCGAAAUUUGUACCAGGCGGGCUUCACCAAGCAUGUGGCCAUGAUGUGCACUAUGCUCAAAGCGACUGGCCAGAAGAAAUCCCUGGUCGUCGUGGCCGUCAGCUCGCCAUACGACUUUGCCAUGGACAAGUCGAUCGGUACCUACAUUUGCACCUUUGACUUUACGGAAACGGCUAUGCAGUCACUAGUGCGCGCGCUGUACGGCGAGUACUCCCCGCAGGGUUCCAUGCCUGGAACUCUGCGCAAGAGCAAGAAGAUCUCCAAAAAGGGACAGCAGUGGCUGGUGGAGGAAUUCCAGCGUGACAGGGAUAGCCGAGGUCUCGAUGAUCUCCUCAAAAGCCUGGCCAGGGCAAGCACAUCACAUAUUGCAUAUGCGCAGUCCAGCGCCCACACCUUUGAGGUCUUCAACGCCAACAUUGAGGAGCGGCAUUUCGUCGUGCGCAACAGCAGCACUCGCGCGCUCUACGGCUUUGCUGCAACAUACUUCAUUCAUGGCACUGGCUGCCUCGGCGCAUUGUUCGUCGACCCUUCGAAACGCAAUGUUUCCAUUGGCCGGAGUCUGCAUCGUCGCGCUGUGAGAGCCCUGCUAUCAUAUCCUGGCAUCCAACGAAUUCAACUCGGCUUCUCGUUCCCUGGUCUCUUCCCUGGAGUCCCCUCGGACGAGGGCGCGGGACUGAGGGAAUGGUUUUCCAACGUGGGCUGGGAGACACAGCUCACUCGCCGCCUGACCAACCUAGCCAUUGAGGACCUUGGUAGCUGGUCUGCGCCUGAAGGGCUGCUCCCCAGCAUCCAGCGGGCCAGCAUCAGCUUCGACCUGAUCCAUGGCUUGGACAACGCUGAGUCAGUCUUGGCACAUGUUGCAGCCAAUGCGGGUCCAGAGACCCUCGAGCUCUACCGUUUUGCCCUCCAGGAGACGAAGACUUGUGGCGUUGUGCGGGCCAAAGACCAGGCUGACGGACUGUUGGGAACCGUCGUCAUCUGCAGGGCCGGUAGCAAUCUCUCGGCUUACGUACCAAUGCUGUCCUCAGGCAUGAGUGGGGAUGUUGGUGGCAUCGUCGCACCAGUCGUACCCUUGUCAUCUCAAUCGACAUUAGUACUGCAAGGUUUGAUCCUGAUGGCUGUGCGUCAGAACAAGGCACAGAAGAUGUCCAAGAGUGUGCUCAGCUGGGUAAGUCUGGCUUUGUCGUUCGAUCCGCGUCACAGUUAACUGACAGCUUACGACAGGCACUUGACGACGCGGUGGAACCACUCAUCAGCAUGGGUUUCCACAUUACGCAAACAUUUGACGAGAUUUCCAACUCGGCCGAGAAUGUAAGUUGACACAUGAGCACCCACACUUGCGUCAUCCCGGAUUGAGAGAGAAGGCUGACCGCAGGAAAUGGCAGUGGGUCGAUGUAUGACUGUAGCUUUACCCUUUUCCUCCUUGUCCUAUAAUCUCCUAGGUGGUUGCACU